AUGGAUGAUUUAAUUGUCUCCCCAUCCUCAUCUUCCUCCAUGGUCUCUUUUCCCACCACUACGACUCCUCGACCUUCUGAUACCAUCCAGCAAAAGCUCCAAAACCUCCUCCAAAACCAGUCCCAACCAUGGGCAUACGCCAUUUUCUGGCAGACCUUCAACGACGACUCCAAUGGCUGUGUCUCCUUGUCCUGGGGAGACGGCCAUUUCCAGAACAACAAUAUUGCUGACCCUGACCCCGACUGCAGGAAGUCUGUUCUCAGGGAAAUCCAGGCCCUCCUUGGACCAGAAAACCGCGACGACGCCGAGUGGUUCUAUGUCAUCUCCUUGACCAGGUCAUUCACCCCAGGAGACGGGUCGGCGCCAGGUACGGCUUUCGGUUCAAACUCUAUGAUCUGGCUAAGUGGGGUGGAUCAGUUCCAGUCUUUCAACUGCGAGAGAACUAAAGAGGCUCAGAUCCAUGGGUUCGAGACCCUGGUUUGCAUCCCCACCCCAAAUGGCGUUGUAGAAAUGGGUUCGUAUAAUGUCAUCGAGGAGUCCUGGAAUUUGGCUCAUCAGGUUCAGUCACUGUUUGGAGGAGGUUCUCUGAAAUUAAAUACCCACAGCGAUAAUCACCAGAAUAUUAUUUCAUUUGCUGAUAUGGUUCUUAUGGCUGGUGGAUUGCAAGAGGAGGAGGGCAUGAACAUGAUAGAAUUCGAGUCGACAACACCCGAUGACCAGAUGUCCAAGAACAUCGGAAAAUUAUGCAUGAACAGGAACACCAGUACUGCUCCAACGACCACCAAUGCCUACCUCGAGACUGCGUCGGAGCAUUCAGAUUCCGACUGCCAGCUGGUUCUUGCCACGUCGACCGAGAAGCGAGUGCAGAAGAAGAAGGGAAAGAAGACAGGUGGGCGAUAUCCUCCGGUUAACCACGUAGAGGCCGAGAGGCAGCGGCGUGAGAAGCUCAACCAGAGGUUCUACGCCCUGCGAUCCGUGGUCCCCAACGUUUCUAGGAUGGACAAAGCAUCCCUCUUGGCAGAUGCCGUCUGUUACAUCAACGAACUGAAAGGAAAAGUAGAGUAUCUUGAAUCUCAGUUGCAUCGUCGUAACAGCACUACCCAAGGCAAAACGAAGAAAGUGAAAUUGGAAUCGGCGGACACCAUAGACAACCAUCACCUCCAAAGCAAUAGCAAUACUUGUAGCUUGUAUCAAACAACUCGAAUGUCAAACAAACCAUCAUCAAGGACUAUAAGUAUGAACAAGACGACGAGUAAGCUUAAUAACUCGAGUAGCUUCGGGGAAGUGGAAGUGAAAAUCGUGGGUGAGGAUGCAAUGAUUAGGGUUCAGUCGGGAAAUGCAGGGUUACCGGCGGCGAAACUGAUGGAUGCUCUGAGAGAAAUGAAAGCACAAAUCCAGCAUGCAAGCAUGUCAUGUGUGAAUGAGAUAAUGCUGCAAGACGUGGUGGUUAGGAUCCCUGAUGCCACCGAUGAAGAAGAACUAAAAUCUGAUCUCAUUCGGAGAUUAGACCGCUAG